GUGGUCUCAAUCUCAGCUAAGAGGCUACUUUAGUCCCCCAACAUAAGCACAUUCCCAGAUGUCCCUGCACGCGUAGAGCCGUCUGAGCCGUCACGACAAGAGCUGCCGCCUGCUUCUCUGGGAACCAACGAGCCGCGGACAGAGGAAGGAGGAGAGGCAGAGAGAGGGACAACCGAGACAGAAGGAAGGGAAAAGAGGAGAAGAGAAGAGAACAGAAGAGGUGAGGAGCCAGCCGCGGAGCUGCACGCGUACAUCGCUCCUACUCUGACGUCUCCCCUCACGCGCCUGUUUCAGCGCGUGUGAGCCCAAGAAGAAGAAGAGAGAGAGGAGGAAGAAGAAGAAGAAGAAGAGAGGAAAAUAAAACCAGGGAGCUUCUGAUCUGACCUCUCUCUCUGCUUUAUAUCCCCGUCUUUGUUUUUUGUUUUUUUUUAUUUUUUAUUUUUUAUUUUUUUUUUAAUCUCCAUCAUCCAAGGCAUGAAGACGGGUGUCAGCUGGCAUUGCAGAAUAAAACAAAGGGAUGCUUUGAAUGCUGCCUCUUUUCUGACAAGGGACAAGGAAGAGGAAAGGGGGGACAACACACAGCAGGGACAAAAACAGGAUUUCUAGAAUGAAUGGAAGUCCGUCGCAUGCACUGGGAAUAGCAGUCAGGAACUGAAGUCUCUGAAUCAGACAAGCGUGCCAAGGAAAAAAUACGAGCGGUCUCCUGGAAGGACAUUCAGAGGAGGGGCCAGCUCUGUGGACGUAAAAAAAAAAAAAAAAAAAACAGUUGGGAGUUUGGACAUCGGCAGUGACACAGCUUCUCCUCGGCCUGACCACCUUCGAUUGAACGCAUCUCUGCUAUCCAGACGGCACCAAUUAAGACGAGCUUUGAGACGGUACCCGACGACACCGAGACAAGAAAGAGAGGAGUACCCUGGAGGAGGGGCCUGUGCCUACUGCAGACGGCCAGAGGACUGCUUGUCCUGACUCAGAGUUGCCGGUCUGCGUGAGUAGACACGGCAGAAGAAGAGGGAAAGGAAAUGGCCGGCUGACAUGUCAUGGAGGAUGUCACCAUUAUAUUGUUCAUCCGAUAUGCAGUGAGCCUGUCCCAGCUGUGCAUCACCACUGGUGCCAUGAUCCAGUUAUAACUGUGGGUAAUGUCGAGCCAAAUAAACAAUCCUGGAGAUGCCGAAGAGAAGAGAUAUUCUUGCCAUCGUGUUGAUCGUGUUACCCUGGACUCUGCUCAUCACUGUUUGGCACCAAAGCGCUAUAGCUCCACUCCUCGCCAUCCGAAAGGCCUGUCACCACCUAGUAAAAGAGAUCUUUAUCAUUCCAGAGAGGCUUGCAGUCCGCCACCACCGGCUCUCAGAUGAUGGUGUCGAGGGCAAGAGGGACGCAGGUGGCCAGGCGCAAGACUCAAAGGAAUACUGUGCCUCAGAUAAGGACAUUGUGGAGGUGGUGAGGACAGAGUAUGUGUAUACACGGCCUCCGCCCUGGUCUGAUGUACUGCCUACCAUCCACAUCAUCACUCCUACAUACAGUCGACCGGUGCAGAAGGCAGAGCUGACGCGGCUGGCUAACACUUUCCUCCACGUUCCCAACCUUCACUGGAUCCUCGUGGAGGAUUCCCAAAGGAGAACGCCUCUUGUCACUAGGCUCCUGCGUGAAACAGGGCUGAACUACACCCAUCUUAAUGUAGAAACGCCCAGGAACUAUAAGCUGCGGGGAGACACUCGGGAUCCCAGAAUCCCCAGAGGGACGAUGCAGAGAAACCUGGCACUGCGGUGGUUACGGGAGACCUUCAACGCCAACAGCAGUCAGGCAGGAAUCGUCUACUUUGCAGAUGAUGACAACACAUACAGCCUUGAGCUAUUUGAAGAGAUGAGAUCGACCAGGAAAGUGUCUGUGUGGCCUGUGGCCUUUGUUGGCGGCUUGAGGUACGAGUCCCCUAAGGUUAAUGCAGCUGGAAAGGUCUAUGGAUGGAAGACGGUGUUCGACCCCCAUCGGCCCUUUGCCAUCGACAUGGCAGGAUUUGCCAUCAACCUGAGGCUCAUCCUCUUCAAGCCGCAGGCAUAUUUUAAGCUCCGUGGGGUGAAGGGGGGCUACCAGGAGAGUAGUUUGCUCCGAGAGCUUGUCACACUCAAUGACCUGGAGCCUAAAGCAGCCAAUUGCACUAAGAUACUUGUUUGGCACACAAGAACAGAGAAACCUGUCCUUGUAAAUGAAGGGAAGAAAGGAUUCACAGACCCCAACGUGGAGAUCUGAACAUUUCCACCAGACUGAGGUGGUCGGCCAUGGACCUGCAGAAGAAAAAUGGCCCGUCUCACAAUAAGUGCAACCAGCGUUCAUGUCUUAAUCAUUUGGGGAAAAAAAAAAGGAAGGGAGGCCUUGAAAGGGGAUUUAAUCCUCUCGACUGAAUCUGACAUUUUUUAAAUACGGACUAUAACACUACAAAUGUAUCAUAUUAAAGCACAGAUUAAUAAGAAAUGGCAGAAGUGCAGAAGAGACGACAUAAAGGACACGUCACGGGGGUUGAUGUGGAUAAACAUGACCUGCACCUUCACGGUACGGCGGCUCGCUGAAGACAACCUUACAAAAGAGACAGCACAAGAUUAAACGCAUACAGCCAGCGGAUUCAACCAGACAGGUCUGGAGCAGGUUGAAAAAUACCUUACACCUCAAAGAAAAUAAUAACAUUUAGAACUAUAAUAAACUAUGGGGCAAAAAAAUGCCUAUGAGUCUGGAUCUGCACACUCCAGAGAAGCUCCUCCUGGAUUUAAGGACAGGGCCCCUACAAUCAUCAGCCUGAAAAACAACGAAACAAAGACUAAUGUGUCUCAUGUGGAUUUCAUUUUGAGCAAACACAAAUACAAGGGAAGGAAUGUUUUUUUUUUGUUUUUUGUUUUUUUUUUUUGAUAACUAUGAAAUGUUUGCUUUAAUUUAAUGUAGUUGUUUUGGGUGUUUUACAAGCACUUGACUUGCUAGUUCAAUACUACUGACUCUUACCUGCAUUUAUUCUUGGGUUGUCAUUGUUCAUUUUAUAGUGUCAUUAUAACUCAUGCAUUGAAGUCACCACCGUACACUUGAAGAGACUGCUGUUUGAUAUGUAUUCCUUGUGCUUAGGAGCCAAAAAUAUCAAAAUCCUAACACCCCUCUUAGCACUUAAAAACACACAAAUGAUGUUCCUGUGUGGCAACAUGUGUAAAUAGUAAUUCAACAUGAGAACAAUCAAAAGGAUUAAUGACAGUUGUGUAAUUACUGUUCUUUGAGUUGUAAAAACAAAACACAACAGAAGUCUCUUAACUCCUCACAUACGGCGAUGCACACACUCACUCCAGAUUCAAUACACAGAAAGAGUAAUAGCACAUGACCUCUUUGUGUUUUAAUAUAAACUCGCAUUCAUGAGACUAAGAACGUUAAAACAGCUACAUGGAAGAUUCACAAAUAUUGACCUCGAGUCAUUGGAGGUUUUCAAUUUUGUGUCACUUUUUCGUUAUUGCAGGGAAAUAAUGCUGUGUUUUAUCAAGUUAAUCCCACGUACGAUCUAUGCACGAUCAUAUAACAGUAACAUGUUAACGUAAAAGCUAAAGGUUACCUGAGUUUUAGCACAGGAAAAGAGAAAAGAGCAAGAGGUGGCAUUAUUAUUAUUAAGAAUUUCAUGUUACUACAGUGCAAGAAAUGUUCCUCUACACAUUAUUCUGCAUUAUUAACCCUCAAGGACCUAAACA